AUGCGUCGCGGUGCGAAUUUGUACUGGAGGGAAGCAGCUUUGUUGUCGCGAGGAGCUAAUGCUUCGUUCUCGACCUCUCGAGUUUACGGGAAACCACUCGUAACGGUCUUCCCAAUCUCGUCGAAAGAUGACGACGAGACGAACAAAACGAAGACAAAAAGCACCGCUUUAGUGCAAAGACUAACCAAUAGUGCGUUGUUGAGAUUUGCGUCCUUGAAUUUUGAACUCAAAGCGACCGUCGAGGCGCACCGAGAGCAAGGUUUACAAUCACUUCUGAUUGCCGCAUUGGAGCACUCGGAAAACGAGAGGAAAGCGGAACAAACGAAAACGAUGGCGACGCAAACGCUUCUCGAGUUUCCGAACGAGAUGCACGCGAUAAAACUCUCCGCGUUAGGCGCGAGAUUUAACGAGAGUUUGUGCGAACGUUUGACGAUGGAUAUCGCGGAAAGGGCCAGAGAAGUUGGGGCGAGAGGGUUGUGCGUGGACGCCGAGGAAGAUUUUUUGCACGAGCAAGUGGACGCGGUGAGCAUGAAGUUGAUGCGGACGAUGAACACCAAAUCCGGCGGUGGGAGCGCGAGUAAAAACGCGGCAGUGUAUAAAACGUACCAAAUGUAUCGCCAGGAUAGCGUGGAACAGUUGAAACGAGACAUCGCGACCGCGGAGAGAGAAGGUUUUGUUUUAGGCGCGAAAUUGGUCAGAGGCGCUUAUUUAAACGCAGAUAAAGGGAAACCCGGGGUUUUGUUCAAGACGAAAGAAGAGACGGAUAAGAGCUACGCGGACGGAUUGGCGUUCGCUUUGAACAAAAUAAAGGAGAAGAAAAACGAAAACGCUCCCGCUGGGGUGAAGAUUUUGUUGGCGACGAGGAACAAAGAUAACAUUCAAUCGGCGUUGGGGCAUUCGGAGGACGUGCAGUUCGCGCAGCUGAUGGGCAUGGACGACGAGGUGACGUUAUCGUUACUGAACGAAGGCGAACGAGUGGCGAAGUAUUUUCCGUACGGGAAGUUUACGGAGACUUUGCCGUAUUUAUGGAGAAGGUUCUUGGAAAGAGCGUCUUUUUCGUAA